UUGUCCUAAAAUGGUGGCAAUGGGGCUGCUAUAGGAAAGGCCAGAGCUGGACGGUCACCAUGGCAACGCGGAGAAUGAACGAACUAUUCCGGGUCACGGACGGCUGACCUUUCCAGCGGAGAAGCCGGUGCAGCGUCUGCCAUUUUGUGAGGAGCCUCCGAAGCGGCGCACGGAGGAGCCGGAGCCCCAGCCGAGACCAUGUUGCCGGUCCGUCCACCAGCGGCCUCCACGCUAACUCUGCUCAGACAUCACGCUCCCGUAAGCGAACCCCAGAACUGAAUCGCAGGUUGGAGGGACCGGGAGAAGCUCGAGUGCGAUUUACAAAGCCCAUUCGAAGCUGUGCCCUCCGCCAUUUUGGAGGCGCAGCUGGCGGUGUGCGAAGUGGCUUUGUGGGCAAUUAAAGAAAGGGCCGCGACGGCGUUGGUUCGGGAGGUGCCCGGUCUCGGUUUCUGUUGGGUGCGGAGGCCGCCCUCCCCCCGCGAUGAGCGGCCGCGCACGACGCCGGUGAAUCCGCAGUGCGCAGGAGCGGAAGUGGGAGAGCUUGUUUUGGGAGACGCAGACCCAGAGGUCGAGACGGGACGUCCUUCUAUUCUGAGGCUGCGCCCGCUGGUCCUAGACUCUCCCACAACUGGAAACAUCCUCUCCAUGUCUGCACUAUCCAGGCCUUUCAAUAUUCGGCUGCCCAAUAGUAACAGGGAUAUUGAGGAGCAGAUAAGGAAACAGAUCCUGGAAAGGGUUGUUUGUCCAUGGUUCCCGCAUUCUCACCUCGUUGGAACUCAAAAUGAGAAUGAUCUUGGACUGUACUUGGGUCUGCAGUAUGCUUCAUUCCCAGUUUUUCCAGUUUGUUAAAUCUUUAGCUGAGCACACGUCUUUAGUCCUGGUGCUGUAUGGUGUUUUCUGGCCAGUGCUUAAAAAUUAACUUGACAUGAAGAUGGAAGCAGCAGAGAAGGCAGACUUCUCUUCCCAGGAUGGUCUGGAGGAAACUGAGGCAUCGUCAAAAGGUAUUGAUACAAAAUCUGGUGACACCUGCAAGGAAGAUGAUGGGUCAUUUCCAAAAGAGACAGCAGCCAAAUUGACAAAAGAGAACAGUGAACAUCCAUUGAAAACAAGUGGGUUGUCUGUUGAGCCUUGCUUGUUAAUGGAACUUGGGCAAGACUCUUCUGAAUCUCAGCUUCCAUCUGCAGACAGCGAUAAACAGGCACCUGGCCGUACCUAUGAUAGCGACUCUUCUAAUCAGUGCAUGGUUUCCCCUUCUUCCAGCGGUCAUUUGGCAGACUCUGACACACUUUCAUCUGUAGAGGAGAACGAGGCACCCCAGGCAAAUGUAGCUGUGGAAGAGGAUCCUACAGGAGGAUCUGGUCCUUCAAUCGGCAGAAAAUCACGACGGUCUAGGUCCGAGAGUGAAACGUCAACCAUGGCUCCCAAAAAGAACCGUUCUUCAAAUGACAAGCAGAACGGCCGUGUGUCAAAGGUUAGAACCCAGAAACAAAAGGAACGGAUACGAUUGCUACGGCAGAAACGUGAAGCAGCAGCUCGGAAGAAGUAUACGUUGCUGCAGGACAGCAGUACAAGUGAUAGCGACUUGACGUGUGAUUCCAGCACAAGUUCAUCAGAGGACGAAGUUUCUGGAAGUGGCAAGAGGACGAUUAGUGCAGAUAUUCCAGAUGGCCCUCCAGUGACAGCACAUUAUGAUGUUUCUGACACUAACUCCGACCCAGGCGUGCUGAACGUGGAUAAUCUUCUUGCAGCUGCUGCUGUCCAGGAACAAUUCUCUUUUGGACAUCAUGAGUUUAAGGUGAACACAGUUAGGAACCAAGGACUACUCGAACAAUGCGUUUCAGGUCGAGGAGAAGAAAACUUCAUAGCAGCUGAUGGCUCCACAGGCUUCUUUGUACCUGAAAAAGAAGAAAUUCAGAUUGCCUCCUCAGAUAGUGAGGUUGAAAUAGUAGGAGUCCAAGAAGAUUCAAGGUGCACUCAGACUAGACCUGGUGUCAUUCAGCGAUGUUCAGCAUGGAAGCAGAGUUCUCAUUCAUACUGCCUCAGCAGCAGGGAGCAACAGCAGCAGAUGCAUUCAUGGUCUGCCAUUUCCCAGCCAACCUGGAGUGGGCCACCAGAGGUUGUUGACCUUACCCUUGAUGAAGAUGCUAGACGCAGAUACUUGCUGUGAGAAAUCAUGUGAUGUCUUUGUUCUGUGUUGCAAGAAGAGGAAAAAGAAAAAAAAUUGCUUGACAUCACCUUUCUAUUGUUCACAAAGAUUUGUAAAGUUAUUUCAUUUUUGUUCUCUGAGUGGAAUUGCUGUAGUUUCCAUCAUUUAGUACUACACGAAAAGGUAUGUUUCCUAAUUGUCCUAAAAUGUCAAUACAUCAGUAUUGUGGGGUCCAUGCAGGAAGAGAGUGUUUAUAAAUUUAAUUAGUAUUUACAUUGUGCCAGGUGUUUUAGUAGGUUAUUGGAUUCACAUUGCAUGUACCUAAACUAGGGUUGAAGAGUUAUCAGAGCUAAACCUGGCCUUCAGAUGGUGUGACCAUGCUGGAGCUGGGUGCACUAUAAAUUUAAGUAACAAGUAGUUGACUUCAAAUGUUUCUCUUUUGUUUUGAAGUUUAAAGACUGGUUCAGGAGAAGCUGAAGCUUUUUUUUAAGGCUAGCAUCAUGGCCUUUUGCUUUUGACCUCUCAUGUACAAUGACAGUUCACUUUAAUUACAACAUAUGCCAGUGAUAGAGUAGAUGGGCCUUUGGCCCAUGAUAUUGAUCGAUGCCACAAAGACUAAAGGGGAAAUUUCAAGUUAAUCAUAAUCAUUAUCUGGCAGUGUUGCCCAUUGUGUUAGACCUGAUCUGUUCAUUAGUUAAUUCAUUUAUUUGGAGAUAGGCCAGUUGCUGAGUAUAAAUAGAUGAAUCUAACAGAUCCUUGUAUGUCAUUCACAUUGAUUUUCAACAACUUGCCACAUCGACCAUGCUGUUUGCAGUCAUUUUCUCUGCUGUGAGCUGGAAAAUCCUGCAGUUACAAUUGCAAUAGAUUAGAAUAAAAAAUAUUGCAAUUGAAGGGAUGGUUUCUAUUUGUAUCCCAAUAGACUUGAUGCUAGUUACCAAUACAACAAAUGGUUGGACUCUCAAUCAUUGAAGUCCUUGUGCAAACCACCAAACUGGACAGAAAUAGUCUCUCCAAAUAAUUAUAUAAUUAAUGUGUGUAUAAAGUUGCAGGUAAUGCUAAAAGGGACGGUUCUAAAUUUAAAAGCAGUUGAAGUUUGCUAUCAAAACCUUGGAUUAAAAUCUCAGUUUGAGCUAUUGCUGCCAUGGAGGUUAAUGAGCACAGCUGAAAAUACAUUUUAGAAAGGUAAAGAGUGAAAAAUUGCAGUUUCCAUGCUCCUUCUCCCUGCAUCACUUUAUUUCAGGAAUGUGCAGGAAAGCACUAAUCUGAAAAGUGUGCUGCCACCACAUUUACUGCACAAAGGAAUUUUACCUAUUGACAGUAAGGCUGCAAAAACUUUUUAAUUAUUCCCCCAAGCAUGAUUGGUAAUUUGUAUUUUCAAUCCUGAUGGUAAUUUGUGGUCACUCAUAACAAUGCUGUCUGUUGUACGUGGUGGUUUAAAAUAGAACAUGUUAAAUCAGGCAGGAAACUUAGUACUACACACAUCACAGUUGUGCAACCAGAUGUGCUUACUGGCUACUUGAUUUACCAUAAAUUCUCAGAAGUUUCAUUUGGUGAAAUGCAUCAAGAUAACUUGUUUGGAUGAGGGCAUCAAGAUUCUGUGUUGUUUCCCAAAGAUGAGGAGAUUUUAAGGUUUCUGAUAUUAGCUGAACUUGGAUUAGAUGAUGAAGGUGGAACAAUUUCUUUUGUACCUCCAAUCAUAAUCUUGCUAGAAAGUUGAGCUUGCAUUUUGGGUAAAGUUUGAUUGGGUUUGGUUGUGAGGCAUCCCAUGGUUGAGAGGGCUGUCAUGCCUGUAAAUCACCGAAUUAUCCAGUGCAAAGUGACAUCCAUACGAGCGUUUUGAAAGCUACCUAAUUAGUAGCCCCACUGCACCCCCACCCGUUGCUCUUCCCCCAUGGCCCUGUAAAUUGCUUGCUUUUGAAGAAUAAGGUAAUUGAAAGAAGUAUUGGAAGGAAGUAAAUAUUGGUGUGCCAUAACAUCUGGCAAGUUGUAUUUCUUGAUUUAUCUCUUUGGAAAUCCUGCUUAAUGAAUCUGCUCACUUCCUGAUAUUUGAAGGAUUUUCAUUUUGGAAUCAAAGCUGCAAAGAAAACUAGGCCACUUAUCCCAUUGACUGAUUAUUGUAGUGUUGUGGUAAAUAGCAGUUUUAAUUUAUGUAUAAUGUUGUUCAUAGUGAGCCCUGUUGUUGAAAGUUGUGUACCAUAUUUUAGCAGCCUUCAAUAACAAGCCUCGGAAUCUUUUUUAAACUCACUAAUAAAGUUUUCAGAUGCAUUAGUAUUUCAUCUUAGUGGCAUAAUGGAACAACUACAAUUACAGUUAUGGGAGCCUCUCAUCAGAAAGGUACCUCUUUAGUCACAAGUGUAAAUUAUCAUCCUAAAGACUAAUGUGUUUAGUAAUAGCAUUCAAAUUUUGUUUUAUUUCAGUCCUUUAUGCUUUUAUUCAAAAAUUUUUGCAUUUAAAGUUUUUAGUACAUUUUGGUUCAAGGAAUGUGAAUAAUGGUGGAUUUCUCAUUGCACACCAAACCACAGCCAACCUCUCCAAGUUCAACUUAAGCUAGUUUCCACCUUUAUCUAACAUUGAUUGUUUGCAUCAGGUGUGAAUCAAGUGUUCAAAACUUGAUGCAGCAUAUGAACAUAAGAAACAGGAUCAAGAUUAAGCCCCGAUCAGCCCCUGGCCUGCUUCACUAUUCAUUCAGAUCAUUACUGAUCCAUUCUUGGCCUCAAAUACCACAUUCCUUCUCUCUCUGUACCCCUUUACUGGCUUGUAGUUUAAAUGUCUGACAAUCUCGCACAAAUAUAUUCAAUGAAUCCACCUCCACAGCUCUUUGAAGACUAAUAAAAGUGAUUAGAACCCAACAUAUAGUUUGAAGCACUGAUCUUGAUUAUUACAUUGUGAUGUCUAACUCUAGAAGUUGCAAUUUAACUGUGUGGAAUUUUAAUAGUCUCUUGCCUACAGGUUACCAGACUAUGAGUAAUACUCAGCUUCCUGUGAAGUAUAUAGUUAAACGAAGAAAGCAAUCUUCCCACUUCAAAAUAAAGUGAAAGAAUUCCAUUCAACCCUUAAACGUACAAUAAUUUUGGUUGCAAGCUUAAGUACUUACACAGGGCCCAUUAGAUGACAAAACAUGGGGUAUUAUCUACAAGCUAUCACGUAAUCUCAAGAUAAAUUGCAUAAAACACAUCCUUUGUGCUUAACAUCUUAGCUGAUGUUUGUGACAGUUUUCCACUUGGACAGGUUUUUCUUUGGUGUACAGUUUUACAUGUUUAUUGCUCUUAAAACUUCGUGCACCAUUUGAACCAAUUAGGCUACUUUGUGAUAGCUGAGAUUCAUAUACCUGGAUUGUCUCUGAGCGUUCUACAGGUUCAAGUAUCCAAUUUUGUUGUGUAAAAUUACUCUCAACUAUUGGAAAUUCCCAUUUAAUGUUGUCCAUUCUUUGUUGCUCCAUAUGUGCUCCAGCAUUUAAGGAUAAUAAUUGUUUAAUAAAUAUGCUGCAAGUUAGAAGUUCACAGAAUUGGUACGUGACAGGUGAAGAUUUCAAAUGGCUAACUGCUCCUCUGUUAUACUAAGUGUUUUAUUGCUGGUUUAUGCACUGGAAAAAGAGAGGUGGUAUUUAAUAAAAAGUCAGGUUUUAUAAUUCUGUCAUUAGCAAAAUGAAGAGGAUGCUGCUAUUUAAUUCCAUGUGAAUUUUAAAUUGUCUAGUCCCCAAUUGCAAGGUGCAUGCUAUCUUUAACAAAAAAAAUGUUGAAUUUAUUAAUGGUCCUUGCAUACUGCUGUUCUUCUGAAACUUUCUAAACCACUUCUGAGUAGUGCCUGCAAACAGCAUUAAGAUGAAAAGUUGAGAGUAGCCCUUCACCUGAUGAACAGUGUGAAUCAAUCCUCUCACUUCACUAUGUUUGUCCAGAGUUCUUUAACUUUAGAAGAUGCAGUAAAAAUAAGAAAACAAAGCAGUGGAUUAAUCAAAUGCAGAUGUUAGUCUGGUUAGAAUGGUGUCUGCUUAUUCAAAUUUGGGGUUUGAGUUUAGUGGAAUGAUAAAACAGUUUGUUCUUUAGCUUGAUCAUUUUUACCUUUUCUAUUCAGGUAGAAAGGGGCAGCUACUUGUAUCUCAAUAAAUAAAUUGAUACACUUCAGUGCUACACAUGAGGUAUUGUCCAUAGCCUAUCCUGAGUAAUUUGAUGUGAGCUUGUUUAAAGCAUUACAUCUAACCCAGGGUAUUAAAGCAGGGAAGCAAGUUAAAUUAGUGUUAUCAUAUCUGGCACAUUACUCAGCAAUCUCAGCUGAGAUAUGCAUACCAAGAUAGCAAGUGAAAACAGCAUUAGGCUCAACUGUGAUGUCACUUUGCUGAGGUAGUCUUGGUCACUGUGAGAGUUUCUGCUUGAACACCCACUUAAAAGAUGGAUUGAAGGACUAUUAUUAUGCAUUGAUUCCUAUCCUGCCAUACAUCAAUUUCCUGGAGGAGAGAGAUUAGGAAGGAAGCAUGAGCUGUUGAGUAAAUUCUCUGGAAGAGGAUUUUCUUUGGCUGAUACAAUUGCAUAUAGUGGGAGAUUUCCCACAGAAUCUUAUGCUUUCUGUUAUGUAGGCUAGAACUUUUCUGAUUUUCCAGAUGAUACAUAAUCUAGAAACCACAAAAGGCAAAGUGAUGUUGAAACUUUACGCGGAUACAGUCUAAAUAGCAUCCCCAGUAAAAAGUAGUAGGAUAUUUGCUCAUCAGCUACUUUAGGGAAUUCAGUACAGAAUUUCACCCAAAUCAAAACAAGGUAUCUGUGUGUAAAAUGCUGAACCACUACUACAAACAUUACUGUUUUAUUUUAAAUCUAAAUACUUUGGUAUUUUUUUUACUUCAAAACCAGCUUCUGCUUGAUGGUUUAUUUAAUUUUUGUGUCAAAUUCUUCAGUGUAGAAAUGGGAUAAAGUUUGCUGUUAUUUUCUUUUGAAAACAGUCACACUGGAUAGUAACAGCAAGAGCUAAAAGAACUGAGGUAUAAAUGCUUGUAAGUAGAUUUUAUUGAAGCAUAAAAAUGUAUAGAAUUAUUACAAGAGUUUUACGCGUAGUUUAAAGAAACAAUUCUAAAUAAUCUUUGAUAUGUAAAGUGAAGAUCUGAUGAGAUUGCACUAAUUAUGGAUUUUGUUCCCCCCCGUUUCAAAAUAUGUAAAUACUUUGUGCUGCCUUGUCUGAAGCUGUGGUGGCAGUGUAUAGAAUUUUAACUGUUAUGCAGUGAUUAUAAAAAAAAAUAGAAAAAUUGAGAAAGGAGAAUAAAAAAAAUAACUUUUAAA